ACCGUACUUACCGUGGUACUAACACUCUGAGAGCGGGCACUGGUACCUGGCCACCGUAAACCAUGCAGCCUUAUUCCUAUCAGUGUUGUGGGCAGAAAUUCAAAUGUCAGCUGGUUUGGCAGAACUAGUUCUGCCCGCAGCCGCAUGGCAGAAUUUUGUAGGCAGAAUCUGGCAGAAUCAUUAUCAAACUACUCCAGGGGUUCACCGUGACAGCGAAAGAUGACCUUUUCACUGCAACCACCCUCUUAUGAACUGUUGCUUACGCCGCUGACGUUGAAUGCCUUUUUUUGGAUGUGGGCAACAUUCAGUCUGCAAUCUCUUGGCAUCGGACACGCUUGAACCAAUCACUGGCAAAAUUCGAGCAAAUCUUCGUUGCCAAUAGUAGGUCGUUGCCAAGGGAAAGCCAAUUCGUCGACACCCGAAUGUCUACAUGCACGUCUUCCACCGAAAUCUGUUGGCGAGAUAAUGGUAUUGAUAACACCUCACACGACGGACACAAUUCUGCCGGUUGUGCCAGCACGAUUCCUCAUAAAAAAUUCUGCCACCAGCCAGCACUACUAUCCCGACAACGGAAGUCUGAAAGUGCAAACAAGGUUAUAUCUAUGCUAGAAGACAGCACUACUUCUGCGUUUGAGGAAGGAUGUGAGAUGAAUUCGUCCGAAUUUCCUCGGUAUCGCGACCAUAGGGAGUCCGACUCGCAAACAUGCGAGCGCAUUCAUGAAUUGGAUUCAACUCAUCAUAAUACCUGUCUUGAGGUCGAGUUGAAGCUUUUGUCCACCCGCGUGCUAGUGCGCAGAGUCCAUGAUUCGUCGGCUACACCUGGUGAGUACAUCCUGCAUAUGAAGAGCUAUUGCUCUAACAUUGCUAAAUAUGACUAUCCACAAUUAUUCUGUUCAUGGCACAGCCCUGACCCAUUUGUUUGUGUUACCCGGUACCCCAUAACUUGGACGUUGUUUACGGGCACUGUCCUGCAGAAAAAUUUGUCGUCAGAGCUGCUAAACCAUCUGGACUAUCACGAGUUACAUUAUUUUCCACUCAAAAGGGACUGGGUUUUUUAUGCAAUCGCAAAGCACUUGUGUUAUCAGCAUUAACGUGAGCAAGCACGUCACCGUGCACUGGAGACGCACCAGAGGUAUUUUUCGCGGUAAAAAUGAUUACCGCUCAG